AGGCAGCUUGAAUCAGCUUGGAGGAAGGUUUGUCAAUGGCCGUCCUCUACCUGCACAUAAAAGGAAGCUGAUGAUAGAGCUGGCAUCAGAGGGCGUGCGCCCAUGUGACAUCUCCAGGAUUCUCAAGGUGUCAAGUGGAUGCGUCAGUAAGAUCUUACGCUGGUAUCGACGCACCGGUCUCUGGGUCCCCAAAGCCACCGGAGGCAGCAGACCAAGGCUCCUCACCCCUGAUGUGAUCUCUACUAUAGCACGGUACAAGCGUACCAGUCCAACACUUGCUGCAUGGGAGAUCCGCAAGAAGCUUUCAUUAGAGCAAGUGUGCAGAGCUGACAAAGUUCCUAGUGUGUCUUCUAUUAACCGCAUUCUAAAGAAGAUUCAGAAUGACUGGCACAUGGGAAAACACACAUACGGAGGUUUGGCAGAGCCACAUUCACUGGAAAGUAUAAAGUUCCCCAUAUCUCUGCCAGCAAACUGGCUCUCAGAGAGAAAGCCGCUGCCAGCAGUCAGCUGUUCAGACAACAGAAUCUCACUGGUUCAUCAGACAAGACUUUCUUCUCCUUUGGUUCAUAAUAUUGGAACCCCCAGUCACUGCAUCUCAGACAUGACAGCAGGUUUCCUAUUGGCUCAUAACAGAAAGGAGGAAGCUACAAACAGAUCAGCUUAUUUUACAGAAUGGGCUGCUCAUCCUUCAUUCUCUGGACAGUAGAUUUGAUUGGAAGGGUUUAUACUGGACAGAUGACAGAAUUAGGUAAAUUAUAGAAGAAUUGGAUGAGACAAUUACACGGGAAGGGAACAAGUACUCUUAUGUAACAGCAGAGGGCAGCAGAGUAAAUAAAUAACACCUACAUUUCAAAUUGAGAUUCCAGUCAGUCAGUCAGCUGUAUUGUAGACCCAAACACAUAGACAUACACAGUGACAGGGAAUCUGGUACCUAUAGGACCAUAAAGAAAGAACAAAAUAAUGCAGGAAUAGAAAGCUACACCGGACUACAUUAAGUGUAAAUUGUAUGAGAAAUGUAGUAGCAUGAUGGUGGUAACAAUCAAUACAUAUACCAAUAUACUACACGUUAACUACACAGAACAACACAGUAACUGGAUGGUAUAUGUUUUGGCUGUAAACAAUCAAUUUGUGCAGUUUACAAUCACCACUGGAUACCAUCAGUAAUGUACAGUUCUCCUUCUGGAAGUACUCCAUGAAAUAUUUAAAAAGUUUGACUGAAUAAAAUAAUGACACAAUAAAUAAACAACAAUGGAAUUGUGGUUUUGUUUGCCUAAAUAUUAAUUAAAAUGAUGUUUAAAUACUUAAUUGCUAACUAAUGGAAAUAUGCAAGCUGACCUUCUGAGAAGGCAUGACUAAUUCUGAUCAAGGUAUUUUGAGAAAAAGAGUCAUUAAAUAUGCAAGAGGAAACAA